UCCCAGAGGGCUGUGCGCGCACCGCGCCACGUGCUCUCUCCGCCCGCCAAUAGGCGGGAGCGCCGCACGAGCUUGCUCCCGCCCCUCCGGCGCUCCCGCGCCAAUCGGGAGCAGCUGUGUGUAUAUGUGUGUGUGUUUGUAUGUGUGAGUGUGUGAGUGUGUGUGUGUGUGAGUGUGUGUAUGUGUGCGCGCGCGUGUGUGCGCGCGCGCCAGGGCAAGUGGGGAGGAGGGCGCAGCUCAGGACAGGGAGGCCCCGCUAGCAGGUCCCGGGGUCCAGGUGGCGACACGAGCGCUCCGGCGGCCGGCAGCGGGCGGGUGGUUCCCCGAGCCCCUCCCACGCGCGUGCGCGCCCGGGUCCGCCCUCCCCGCAGCCUCGACUCCCGCGCGGCGGCGGCGGUUCCUUCCCCCUCCCCCCAGCCCUGGCUCCGGGGGACCCCGCGAUGCCGGUCCGCACCGAGUGUCCCCCGCCGGCGGGUGCCUCAGCCACAUCCGCGGCCUCACUCAUCCCGCCGCCGCCCAUCAACACCCAGCAGCCCGGCGUGGCCACCAGCCUGCUCUACAGCGGCUCCAAGUUCCGCGGCCACCAGAAGAGCAAGGGGAACUCGUACGACGUAGAGGUGGUGCUGCAGCACGUGGACACAGGUAACUCUUACCUUUGUGGGUACCUGAAGAUUAAAGGCCUUACAGAGGAAUAUCCAACCCUUACAACCUUCUUUGAAGGAGAAAUAAUAAGCAAAAAACACCCUUUCUUAACUCGUAAGUGGGACGCAGAUGAAGACGUCGAUCGGAAACACUGGGGCAAGUUUCUGGCUUUUUAUCAAUAUGCGAAAUCAUUUAAUUCAGAUGACUUUGAUUAUGAAGAACUGAAAAAUGGGGAUUAUGUCUUCAUGAGGUGGAAGGAGCAGUUCCUGGUUCCGGACCACACAAUCAAAGACAUCAGCGGUGCUUCCUUUGCUGGCUUCUAUUACAUCUGCUUUCAGAAGUCAGCAGCCUCCAUAGAGGGCUACUACUACCACAGGAGUUCAGAAUGGUAUCAGUCCCUCAACCUGACCCAUGUUCCCGAACACAGUGCACCCAUCUACGAGUUCCGGUGACAGUGGUUCAGAACAGCGGCCAAAUAAAACUGAACUUGGCAACAAAGAGCUUUGCCAAGGAAAUUAUGUACCUGCCAGAACCAGGAGAGGUGUGUUCCUGUUUCUUCAUGAGCAGACUUCAUCAGAAAGCAUGAAUGUUAAUUUAACAGGACCCGAGGCGCAUGGCCAACCUGCAGGCAGGCAGAGGGAGCUGUCCACUUCCCACCCUCCCUCCUCUCUGUGGCAUUGUGGUCACCAUCUGUUUCUGAGCAACCUUAAAUGCACUUUCCUUCCUGCACAGCUAACUUCUGCAUCAAAGAAAUGCCAUCUGUCCUCGGCCCACCUCUAGCCGAGUGGAAGGUCAGCUCCUGGGUCACCUCAGCCUCGGUGCUCAGUGGUCCCCACCCAGGCCCUACUCCUUCCCCAGCUGCUUGUUUGGUAGCCCAAGGAAAGGCAGAGCCCAGCAUAGCAUCUUAUGCCCCAGAGCUCUGUGAGGAGUUGGCUGGGCCCAGCAUCUACCACCAAUGAAAUGAGGUGGGGACCCUGGUGGGCCUCAUCAGCGUUUGAUUGCAGUUUGGAUGUUUUGUGGGGCCAGUGGCUCUGCUGAGCCCUGUCCUGUUCACAGUGCAAGACUCGCACAUGGCUGUCGGGUUUCUGGGCCUGCUGUCGGGGAUCACUAAAUUUAAGGCUUCCAGAUCCCUGGUGGGAGUAGAUCCCAAACUGCUUUCUCAGUAAAUUUGCUCCAAACUUCUGAACUUGAGGGCAAUACUAAAAUAAAAGAGUUUUUUAUUACAAAAUUAUUAUUUUUAUGGUACCUUUAACAAGGACCCUAUGGCAAAUGCACAAUUAUUCCGAAUUACAUUUUAUCGUUUUCACAUUGAAAACAGCAAAUGUUGACUUAGUGAUUUUUAUAUCUAUGUCUAUAUGUAUAUUUAAUCAACCAGCAGUUUUAAAACAAGUCAUCUGGUACAAAAGUUUCUCAGCAUUGCAUAAAUUACAGUGCUAAACACAAGAACUGUUUCCGGGGCCAGCUGAGCAUUUGUGCCUCCUCCUUUUGCUACUCAAAACAUCAGUGUGUCAUGACAACCUUUUCCAAAGGCAGAAGGGUCUCCAUUCUCCGGAAAGGAUGACUGAAAUGUUGAGAUGGGGUGGGCAGGAAAGAUAAAUGCGCUCAAAUAACUCCAGGCUCGUGUGCCAAAGUGUGGGGGAGGGGAGUGGUUUGGUUUGGUUUGGUUUGGUUUGGUUUUUCUAAAUGUUUCAAAAGCUUGAUAAGUUGGCAUCAGUUGUAGUCCACAAAUAAGGUCAGGGUUUUGGGGAAAUCUGGUGGUUUACAGGUUCAAACACAAGAGGAAAAAGCUUUAAAAAUACAGCAUCAGGGCUGGGAGUGUGGCUGAUAGAACACUAGCUUGUUACAUUUGAGGACCCUGCUUCCAUUCCCAGUGCUGGAAAAAGGAACAGCAAGGGUAGCAGCAGGUUGACUGUCCGUGUUCUGUGCUGUAUGUUACUAAUCCUGACUGUUGGGAGAGCCUUAAAAGAGCAGAAGGGGGAAAGGAACCGGCAGGUCCUUGUGAUACCUGUAGUCCUGAGACCGUGAGCAGAGAGUACCACUUACCCAGUCAGUAAAAUCAGGGAAACCCAGAAACCACAAAAAUAAAUCCCAAGACUUAAGUAGAAAAAAUAAUUCACAUCCAUUGCUAAUGCUGAAUCACAUGGCUCCUUACCUUUGAAAAGCAAGCUGGGUAUGGUAAUGCACCUAUCUAUAGUCCCAACUACUCAGAAACCUGAGCCCAGAAGUCAGGGUCAGUCUCGGGUGACCCUAGACUUCAUCUCCAAACAAAAGACAUCAAAAUUCAACUGAGCAUCAAAUGGCUGGCUCCGAUGAGAAACACCUGGCUUACACUCAUGCCCACCAUCACUUCAGUUAAGCUGGAGGACAGCACUGAAGAAUGGAGGAGGUGAGGGACUGUGCUGGUCUCCUCCCUGGAGCACACACUCAGCUCCUCUGCUGUCCUUUCAGGCAUCCCAGUCAACCCUUGUGUAUACCAUGCAAGUAUCAUUCGGCAGUAGGUGGCGUCCCCCUGAAACCAGGGCUUGUGUGUAGCUCAAGCGGCACAUCAAUGCGCAGUUUCUCCUGUAAACUGGGCAGAUCAGGUUGUAGUGUAGGGACACCCCCCCCCCCCCCCCCCGUUUUUUUUCUUUUGGUCUCUUUGAAGUCAGGUUCUUACUGUAACUCUGGCUGUCCUAGAACUCACUAUGUAGAUCAGGCUGACCUUGAACUCACAGAGAUCCACCUGAUGGCUUGGAGUACUAGGAUUAAAGGUUUGAGCCACCACACCCUGCUCCUUGCUCUUUCUUAGCUAGAUAAGUGCUCCAGUUGUGCUUAGAAAAAUGAGGUAAGGAUGCCUUUAGCAGCCUUCAGACCCUGAAGACUUGCUGCUUAGAAGUCUGCCCCUGGGCAUUGGGCAGGAAUAAGCAUGUUUCACUUAGUAACUCCUACCUGAUGGACAAUGACUUUUCUUUUUCUGUCCCUGAAGGACCUAUGGGGACUUGUCUCCAUCUGUAGCUCUUUCCCAAACUGUCUUGGUGGUUUACAUGCCUCUGGUACUGUGUGCAAUAUCUUUGACUGACACUUGUAUCUAACAUUGAGAAAUAAGUGCAGACUGCAAAUUUCCUACUGUUCUCUGCUCCAGCAAGCCAGCCCCAGGCAGGGACUAGAGGGCUGGCUGGUCUCACCCUCCACUCAGAAGGCUCCACUGCUGUGGCCAGCCUUGGCCCUCCGUGCCCUGCUUUACUCCUACCCACCCAUCCCUUUUAAGAUUGUCUAGCAUUUCAGCUGCAGUCCAAAAGUAAGUAGACAAUGCCUAAUAUUAAGUAGGAAGUCAGUCGGUGUGCUGGCUCUGUUAGCAGUGUUGAAGUCAGAUUCCAGAGGGACAAAGGGGUUUGUUUCUCAAUGUCGUUUGCUUUUAGAAGCAGGGAAUUUAUAUUCUCUCUAAGGCCUUGAAUGGAUUUGUUUUCCUCAUAAAAUAGUCACUGAUAAGCUAAUUUUUAAAAAAAGAAAUGCCAUUAAGUAUGUUACAUUGUGGUUUUAAAUUACUAACAAGUUCUGGGAAAGAAAAAUACUUGAUUUUGAAUCUUAAAUGUUUUUUAAAAAUUAGAUUUGAAUGGGCGCAAAGUAUGAGUAUUUUGUUUCUCUAUGGAAGACCUGUGGAAAGGGUUUGAAGCGUGCAGUGGGAGAAGUAUUUUGCAGAGCUAUCAAUGUCUAAAUAAUUUUUAAAAACAAUAAAGGUAUUUAAGCAGUGUG